AUGGACAGCAGCACCUGGAGCCCCACGGCCACCGCGACCACCGCGCCCCUCGCGUCCCACGAGCGCAUCCGCAAUGCUGCCGACAUCUCUGUCAUCGUCAUCUACUUCGUGGUGGUGAUGGCCGUCGGGCUGUGGGCUAUGUUUUCUACUAAUCGUGGGACUGUUGGAGGCUUCUUCCUGGCAGGCCGAAGUAUGGUGUGGUGGCCGAUUGGAGCCUCUCUCUUUGCUAGUAACAUCGGCAGUGGCCACUUUGUGGGGCUGGCCGGGACCGGAGCAGCUUCAGGCAUCGCCAUGGGGGGCUUUGAAUGGAACGCCCUGGUUUUCGUGGUUGUGCUGGGCUGGUUGUUUGUCCCCAUCUACAUUAAAGCUGGGGUGGUGACGAUGCCACAGUACCUGCGGAAGCGGUUUGGAGGCAAGCGGAUCCAGGUCUACCUUUCCAUUCUGUCCCUGCUGCUCUACAUUUUUACCAAGAUCUCGGCAGACAUCUUCUCCGGGGCCAUAUUCAUCAAUAUGGCCUUGGGCCUGAAUCUAUAUCUGGCCAUCAUUCUCUUAUUAGUGAUCACUGGCCUUUAUACGAUCACAGGGGGCCUGGCGGCUGUGAUUUACACGGACACCUUGCAGACAGGGAUCAUGCUGGUGGGAUCUUUUAUUCUGACUGGGUUUGCUUUUCACGAAGUGGGGGGGUAUGAUGGCUUCAUGGAAAAAUACAUGAAAGCCAUUCCGACCUUGAUUUCUGAUGGCAACGUCACCGUCAAGGAAGAAUGCUACACCCCGAGGGCCGACUCCUUCCACAUCUUCCGAGAUCCCAUCACAGGAGACAUCCCGUGGCCUGGGCUCAUCUUUGGGCUGUCCAUCCUUGCCCUGUGGUACUGGUGCACGGAUCAGGUCAUUGUGCAGCGCUGCCUCUCGGCCAAGAACAUGUCUCACGUGAAGGCCGGCUGCACCCUGUGUGGGUAUCUGAAGCUGCUGCCCAUGUUCCUCAUGGUGAUGCCGGGAAUGAUCAGCCGCAUCCUGUACACAGAAAAAAUUGCCUGCGUCCUCCCCUCGGAAUGCGAGAAACACUGCGGCACCAGGGUUGGCUGCACCAACAUUGCCUACCCAACUUUGGUGGUGGAGCUCAUGCCUAAUGGGCUGCGGGGCCUGAUGCUGUCAGUCAUGCUGGCCUCUCUCAUGAGCUCCCUGACCUCCAUCUUCAACAGCGCCAGCACCCUCUUCACCAUGGACAUCUACACCAAGCUGCGGAAGGGAGCAUCGGAGAAAGAGCUCAUGCUUGCAGGAAGGCUGUUCAUCCUGGUGCUGAUUGGCAUCAGCAUCGCCUGGGUGCCCAUGGUGCAGUCGGCACAAAGUGGGCAGCUCUUCGAUUAUAUCCAGUCUAUCACCAGUUACUUGGGACCACCCAUUGCGGCUGUCUUCCUGCUUGCCAUUUUCUGGAAGAGAGUCAAUGAGCCAGGAGCCUUUUGGGGACUGAUCUUAGGAUUUCUGAUCGGGAUUUCCCGUAUGAUUACUGAGUUUGCCUAUGGAACCGGGAGCUGCAUGGAGCCCAGUAACUGUCCCACGAUUAUCUGUGGGGUGCACUACUUGUACUUUGCCAUCAUCCUCUUUGUGAUCUCCAUCAUCACCAUCACGGUCGUCUCCCUCCUGACCAAGCCCAUUCCAGAUGUGCAUCUCCACCGUCUGUGUUGGAGCCUGCGCAACAGCAAAGAGGAGCGAAUUGACUUGGAUGCAGGACAGGAGGACUUCCAAGAACCCCCAAAGGAGGCCAUUGAAAUAGAAGCUCCUGAGGAGAAAAAAGGAUGCUUCAGGCGGGCCUACGACCUGUUUUGUGGGCUGGACCAGCAGACCGGACCCAAGUUGACCAAGGAAGAGGAGGCAGCCAUGAAGAUGAAGCUGACAGACACCUCUGAGAAGCCUUUGUGGAGGACAGUGGUGAACAUCAACGGCAUCAUCCUGCUGGCAGUGGCUGUCUUUUGCCACGCGUAUUUUGCCUGA